AUGGGAGCAUCUACAGUUGCUUUCUGUGUUUUCUUGUUGAGUUUAGCGGCUGUGGUCUUUGUAGAAUGCAGGCCGGAAAACGUCAGGGAGUUUAAGGUGUUAACUGCCCACUCUGAGAAAAAUGGUUUUCAUACAAGGAAAACAGGAAAGAAAUCGUCGCAUUGCCUCGUUAGGAAGACCAACUUCACUGAUCCAACUCAGGUUGUUAAAACCAAGCCCCGUGCCUUUGAAAAUCCAGCGUAUAUUGCAGCUCUCCCAACAGCACUGGACUGGAGAAAUAUCAGUGGAAAAAACUAUGCAAGUAGCUCACGUAAUCAGCACAUUCCACAGUAUUGUGGCUCAUGCUGGGCUAUGGGAUCAACCAGUGCUUUCGCAGACCGCAUUAACAUCAAGCGUGGUGGAGUAUGGCCCAGUGCUUACUUGUCAGCCCAGGAGGUGAUCGACUGCGCCAACGCUGGCAGCUGCGAAGGUGGAGACGACAGGGCAGUGUGGCAGUACGCUCACAGCACGGGCAUCCCCGAUGAGACUUGUAACAACUACCAGGCUAGAGAUGGAGUGUGCAGCGCUGAGAACACGUGUAAAACAUGCAGUGGGGAUGGUACUUGCACGAAAGUUGCAAACUUCCAACGAUGGAAAGUUGGUGAUUAUGGUCCCAUUUCUGGGCGGGAAAAAAUGAUGGCUGAAAUCCAUGCUAAUGGACCUAUCAGCUGUGGCAUAGAUGCCACGGAGAAGCUGGAAACAUAUGCUGGAGGUAUUUACGAGGAGUACAACACAUCUCCAGGGAUCAACCAUGUUAUAUCUGUGGCUGGGUGGGGCGUGCAAGGUGGAGUUGAGUACUGGAUCGUCAGAAACUCCUGGGGCACCUACUGGGGUGAACAAGGCUGGUUUCGCAUUGUUACCAGCAAGUAUAAAGAUGGCAACUAUAACCUUGGCAUUGAGACAGAGUGUGCUUACGGAGACGUUGAACUGAAAUAA